AUGACCACCACGACGGCACCCGCAACAGCGGCCCUCCCACUGACAACCGUCUUCACGCCGCCUGCGACCUGCGACAACUUUUCUUGGAUUUCCUCCGACUGUCUCGGCUCCACCUGCAAGGGUGUGUAUAAUAUCGUGCGCGCGACAGAAACAGAAUGUUUCCCCUCUGGCUGGGCGACCUCCGCGACGACGUUCUCGCCGGGCUUAGUCUGUCCCAGUGGAUAUUCAAUCGCGGGAACGACUCUAGCUUCGUUCGGUGCGGCCAGUAUCGAGACGCGCGCGACAUGCUGUCCUAGUGGGUUUUCCGUUGCGGCUUCAAGCCCGUUGGCUUGGUAUACAUCCGAGCCCUGCAUUAGGACGACAGAUGUCGCGACCACGAUCACGUUUAAUGUGGUUGGCGUGACUCCUACCACGACUACGGUAUACACGUGGGCUUCGCCGGUGUACCAUGCCAGGGCAGUUGGUCUUGCGUGGCAGUCGUCCGAUACGAUAUCUACAUCUGUAGAUAUCAUGCCCACGACAGCAACGACAGCGACGGCGAAGACAACAGCCAAUGACUCUGGUCCCGCGGCAACAAGCCCCGGCGCAACGACCAGUGUCGCGUCCAGCGCUGGGGGAAGUAGUUCGGGGCUGUCGACCGGCGCUAAGGCUGGCAUUGGUGUUGGUGUCAGUGUGGGUGUGCUUGCCAUUGCGCUUGCUUUUGGAGUCUUCUUUUGGCUUCGGCGGAGAAGGGCCCAUGGUAGUCUUGAACAGGUUCCGAGUGAAUAUGGGUCAACGCGAAAGACUGCUAGUCAUGGGAGACCCACUGAGUUGGAAGAUAUGUCGUCGACUUCGGGGGCGACGGAGCUGCCCGCUGAAGUUUCUGGACUUCAUGAGCUUAAAGGUUAA